UUAUUAUCAAAUGAGGAAAGGUACUUAGGCAGACCUUAAUUUCAGGGGAAGUUACUCAGAGAUGGCAUUGACAAUUUUCAAAGCAGUAACAAAGCUUGCCAUUGGUGGGGCUGCUGUCUAUGUUACAGUGGACCAGGGAGUAUGGAAAAAUUCUCAACAGGCCAGCAAGGCUGCAGAAAAAGUCAGAAAUAAUGUUUUAUCUGCAACAAAUGAAUACAGCAAACAGAUUGUGACAACUGUCAAGAAAGGGAUAAACGAAGAUUUACCAAAGUCUUGGAAUUCAGGUGUACAGCUUACAUUCAGUACUCUUGCAGAAACUCCAGAAUAUAGCAAAAAAGCUUUGGUAUCAACAAAAGAUUUAGUGAAAAAACAGUUGGGACCAUAACAGAAAUUAAGUGUUUGAAUGAGACCAAUGUUGACUACUUAGCCACACUGUGAAAGUCUCAUUUGAUAAAUUACAUUUAUUAGGAAGAUUUGCUGUCAGUAUUUUAAUAAAUCUAUUUUGUUUG